AUUUCGAGAUUCGAGAUUAUUGCAGUAUCCAUUUUCUCCUUAUCGACGUAUGAACGCCACGCGAGAGGAAAACUGAUUAUUCCAAUCCUACGGCCACGAUUUAUUACCUGGCACAAGUUGAAACAUGGCACAAUUUUUUAAUCGGUUGGGCCAACUCGGCCUGGGCUUGGCUCUUGCAGGUGGUGUCGUGAACUCUGCCUUGUACAACGUCGAUGGUGGCCACAGAGCAGUCAUAUUUGACAGAUUCGCAGGUAUAAAGAAUCUCGUGGUGGGCGAAGGCACGCACUUCUUUAUUCCUUGGGUACAGAGGCCAAUUAUUUUUGAUAUUCGCUCGCGGCCGAGGAACGUUCCGGUCAUCACUGGCAGCAAGGAUUUGCAGAAUGUAAAUAUCACCCUCCGUAUUCUCUUCAGACCUGUGCCAGACUCGUUGCCUAAGAUUUACACUAUCCUGGGUGUGGACUACGACGAGAGAGUAUUGCCGUCUAUCACCACUGAGGUACUGAAGGCUGUAGUCGCACAAUUCGAUGCCGGUGAACUAAUUACGCAGAGAGAGCUCGUGUCCCAAAAGGUCAGCGAAGACUUGAUGGACAGAGCUUCACAGUUCGGCCUUAUCCUCGAUGAUAUCUCCAUCACACACUUAACGUUCGGUAAAGAAUUCACCCAGGCCGUAGAAUUGAAGCAAGUGGCGCAACAGGAAGCGGAGAAGGCUCGUUUCCUGGUGGAAAAGGCCGAGCAGCAGAAGAAGGCGGCUGUCAUCAGUGCCGAGGGUGACGCUCAAGCCGCGAGCUUACUCGCGAAAUCUCUGGCGGAAGCGGGAGAAGGUCUGGUCGAGCUCAGGAGGAUCGAAGCCGCGGAGGACAUAGCGCAGAGUCUGUCGAAAUCCCGUCAAGUGGCGUAUCUACCAUCGGGCCAAAACGUGCUGCUCAAUUUGCAGCAGUAAAACGAACUGGUUACAUUGUGUCUAUAUAAUACAUUUGCAUUUAAGUCAUGAGAAGAUCAUCAUGUUACGAUGAGUUGUAAUAGAGUGUAUAAAAUGAGAUACCGUAUACAUACCGAUGAGAAUCCUCCUGAGAGUGUUGCAUAGCAGGAAUAUAUAUAGCGUUUCGUACAAUUUCA